AAUCGCUUCAGCUCGCGCAUUCACAAAUAACCAUGCCAGACCUUGGAACUUGCUACUCUCAACCCAAAUUGCCUAGUACCAACUACUUUGCCAUCGAGGUCGAAGGUCAGAGCAUCAGCGAUAUCGUCGCAGAACGCCAGCAGCAGUUGGCCGCGAUUACGGCCGAGAUCUCAAGCAUCCAAGCAGUUAGAAGUAGUAUCAAAAAUCUUGAGUGGCAACUCGUCAGGCAGAAGAAUAGGAUCAUCAGGUCCAUUAAUUUGCACAAUAGACUCAGAUCGGCUCUCUGGCGCUUGCCAACCGAGAUCAUAUCCCACAUUUUUCAGCUCUGUCUCCCGGACGUUCCAAGCCCCAACGUUUUUCAGCUCUGUCUCCCGGACGUUUCAAGACCCCAUAUUUUGCAACCGCCAUCACAGCUAACAGCACCCAUGCUGUUGACUGAAAUAUGCCAACGAUGGAGGGAGGUUGCUGUAGGCGUACUUACUCUGUGGCGCAGGCUGUCUGUGACAGUCAACGACCAUCACUGGCAGCGGGCAGCGUUCUGCUAUGACACAUUUCUUAAGCGGUCGCAGGGGCUCCCGCUCUCAUUGACACUCCAAUGUUCCAGAAAUCAUUCGACCAAGCUACAAAGCCUUCUUCUUCCUUACAUCAAUCAAAUCUCGUCUCUCUCUAUCAACUUUCCCUGGGUCCAAGGAGUGGACCAACCUGAACUGUUGUUAAAAGACCUCCCAGCACUGCAGGAGCUAACAAUUGGCCAUAAUAACGAAGAUAUUUCACGAUUCUUCUCGCGACUGCCGUCCACUGUGAGACGUCUCAGUUUCCCAGGGACGUGGUUUGGGCCCAUGCUACCAUCUUAUCUCACUUCCGUUCAGUGGGCCCACCUGACGAACAUUGAAUUCUACGUAGAUGAACAGAAUACACUCUUCCGCCUACUCCGGUUAUGUCCCAACCUCUCCUCAUUAACCACUGCCAUGGUCUCACAUGAAUCACAGGCCUUGAGGCCAUUCACGCACACCAAACUUCAAUUCUUGAUCUUCCGUGGUAGUGUGGCGUUCAACAACCCAUUAUCUGGCGUGUUCAGUACUCUCUCACUCCCCAAUUUACGCAGAUUUUAUGGUUGGAGUUCAUCAACGUGGCCUCAUGAGGAGUUCAAGGAAUUCCUGACACGGCCAAAGUGUCCCCUGGAGAAGCUGUUUGUAUCCACUGGCUCGGGUAUCAUGACAGCUGAGCAACGAGCAGAAUGCGCUGCCAUUGUUCGUUCCUCCAGAGUGUCACGAUCCCAAGCGUCUUGAUACUUUGCCCAAGACUUAUAUUACUAGGCGUCGCACGUUUCGCUAUAUAAUAGACUUCAUGGACUUUUACUACAACCUCGUACGACAUAUCUCGGAGAGCAUUACGCUAUUCUAUACCACUCAGUCUAUAGCAUUCACCUUUAAGCUUC